CUCCUCUCGGCGGUAAACAAACCCGCGUGCAGUAAGAGGAGGACGGACUUGGUUCGCUUCCAGUCACGGCGGGCCCCACUAAAAAGCCUCCGCGGUGUACAUUCCUGCUAUUUGUUCGCACACACAGUGAGGCAGGCAAAGAGCCGCGCUCGGUGAUCGAUUGCUUCGGUCUCGAGAUGGAAACCAUGGCGGAACUGGAGGAUAAUAUUACCAUUCCUGGGUUCAACACUCUCCUUCAAAUGGACCCGUACCUUAAACCCUACGCGAAGGACUUCAAGCGGAGGUAUGAGCUGUUCCAGAAGCAGCUUUUCCAGCUGGAAGAGGCCGAGGGCGGCUUCGACCAGUUCACGCGAAGCUACCGGACCUUCGGCGUGCAACGGCAGCCCAACAACAGCCUGUUCUUUAAGGAAUGGGCUCCCGCCGCAGAGGCCCUCUUCCUCACCGGCGAUUUCAACGGCUGGGACAAAUUCUCCCACCCAUACAGCAAAAGAGAUUACGGCAAGUGGGAGCUGAUUGUCCCGCCCAAGCAUGACGGCUCUCCCGCUGUGGAUCACAACAGCAAGCUCAAGGUGGUGGUUCACACCAAGACUGGUGAGCGGCUCUACCGGAUCUCGCCGUGGGCCAAAUAUGUCACCAGGCAGGAGAAAUCGGUCAUCUAUGACUGGAUUCACUGGGACCCCCCACAACCUUACAUUCACAUCCACCCGCGGCCCAUGAAACCCACGCACCUGAGGAUCUACGAGGCCCAUGUGGGCAUCGCGUCACCUGAGGGGAAGAUUGCAUCAUACGGCAACUUCACGAUCAACGUGCUGCCUCGUAUAAAGGAGCUGGGUUACAACUGCAUUCAAAUGAUGGCCAUCAUGGAGCACGCCUACUACGCAAGCUUCGGCUAUCAGGUCACCAGCUUCUUUGCGGCUUCCAGUCGCUACGGCACUCCGGAUGAGCUGAAGCAGCUGAUCGACACGGCGCACUCGAUGGACAUCGUGGUGCUGCUGGAUGUGGUCCACAGCCACGCGUCCAAAAACACAGAGGACGGCCUCAACAAGUUUGAUGGCUCCGACUCAUGCUUCUUCCACUCGGCUCCCCGCGGGGAGCACAACCUCUGGGACAGCCGCCUCUUCAACUACUCCAGCUGGGAAGUGUUGCGCUUUCUGCUCUCAAACCUGCGCUGGUGGAUGGAGGAAUACAAGUUUGAUGGUUUCCGAUUCGACGGCGUCACCUCCAUGCUGUACCACCACCAUGGCAUCGGCGUGGCCUUCUCGGGGGACUACAGCGAGUACUUUGGCCUCCACGUGGACGAGGACUCGCUGGUGUACCUGAUGCUGGCCAAUCACAUCCUGCACACGCUGAAUCCCGACUGCAUCACCGUGGCGGAGGACGUGUCGGGAAUGCCCGCCCUCUGCAGGCCAGUGGUGGAAGGUGGCCUAGGUUUCGAUUACCGUCUCGCAAUGGCCAUUCCCGAUAAGUGGAUUCAGAUCCUGAAGGAGUUCAAGGAUGAAGAAUGGGACAUAGGAAACAUCGUCCACACGUUGACCAACAGACGCUACGCGGAAAAGAGCAUCGCCUACGCUGAAAGUCACGACCAGGCCCUGGUCGGGGAUAAAACGCUGGCGUUCUGGCUGAUGGACAAGGAGAUGUACACCAAUAUGAGCUCGUUGGCUCCCAUGACUCCCGUCAUCGAUCGCGGCAUGCAGCUGCAUAAGAUGAUCCGCCUGCUCACGCACGCUCUGGGCGGCGAAGCCUACCUCAACUUCAUGGGGAACGAGUUCGGUCACCCUGAGUGGUUGGAUUUCCCCCGAGAGGGCAACAACGAGAGUUACCACUACGCCCGGCGGCAGUUCAACCUGCUAGACAUGACGGAUCUGCGCUACCGUCAGCUCUACGACUUUGACCGCGACAUGAACCGUACCGAGGACAAGUACGGUUGGCUGGCCGCCCCGCCGGCCUUCGUGAGCGCCAAGCACCAGGAGGACAAGGUCAUCGUGUUUGACAGGGCCAACGUGCUCUUCGUCUUCAACUUCCACCCCAGCAAAAGCUUCCAGCACUACAAGGUGGCCGUGCACGCGCCAGGAAAGUACAAAAUCAAGCUGGACUCUGACCAGGCUCUGUACGGCGGCCACGGACGGCUGGACCACGGCACCGAGUUCUUCACGGAGCCGCAGCCCUUCAACGGACGCGCCCAUUCCAUGCAGGUGUACAUCCCCUGCAGGACCGCCAUUGUGCUAGCCAAUGAAGAGAUCGAUUACUGUUAUUAAAGGACACACACACACACACACACACACACAGUCUAAUUAGUCCAUUUGGACGUCAAACGCUGCUCGAGUUUAUCCGCCACCAGCAGGCCAAUGGAUUUUAGUCGUGUUCAGUGUUGUCUUGUAAAACGCUAGUGCGGGUGCGGGGAAGCAACAACCCAACAAGAUAAAGAAUGAUUCGUAAUAAUAAUCAUGGUAAAAUCCUGGAUGAUCGCAUUUUAUUUUGCACUUUUAGAUGCUGAUGUAUGGUUUUUUUUUUGCGUGGCGUUACUUGACAAUAAGGGUACCCUUAAUACGGUUAGUUGAUGAAUGGUUAAUAAGAAGCACUGGAAUUCACCCAAAAUGGCUGCUUCAAACCAAAAUGGCUUACUUCCUCUUAAGUUUUGGCGAAUGAAUGAUCAUCAACCGCGUCCAGCUCAUUUGUCAAUUUUGUAUUCUCGAGGAUCCGUGCUAAAAAAACCGUACGCACAUCACGUCACAAUGAAUUUUUUAAGCAUCUUUAAGGGUACCCUCAUGGUAACGUGGCAUCUUAUCAGUAUUAUGAGCACUUCAAUCAUUUGUGUGGGCAUUGUCAUGAUAAACACGUAAUUUGCACAGAAAAAAAUGGAAUCAUGAAAAAUGAAAAGAUAUUUGCAUGAGCAACACUUUGGACCUUUUUGUCAUGCAAGUGAUGUUUUUGCAGUGUGGAACAUUAAAAAUGUGCCAUC